AUGAAAGAAUCUGACACCAUCAAAGAGUACUCAAAUACGUUGCUUGGCAUUGCCAACAAAGUAAGAUUGUUGGGCACCGCUUUUUCUGAUUCAAGAAUUGUUGAAAAAAUUCUUGUAUCAGUACCAGAAAGAUAUGAAGCUUUUAUAGCUACCUUGGAGAACACAAAGGAUCUAUCUAAGAUCACUUUGGUAGAAGUGUUGCAUGCCUUACAGGCCCAAGAACAAAGAAGACUUAUGAGGCAAGAAGGAUCGGUGGAGGGUGCCUUUCAAGUCAAAUUCCAGAGCAAUGACAACAAACACAAGAAGAAGCAGAAAAAUGAUACCAGACCUGGAAGAUUAAACAAGAUCAACAACAAGAGUAAUAAUACUCAGCUAGGGCACAUGGAAAAGAUUUGCAAGUCUCAUCAACAACAAGGAGAAGUUAAGGUUUCUGAGGAUCAACCACAAGAGGAACAAUUUUUUGUUGUUACAUGCUUCGUAACCAAUAGCUCCAUAGAAAGUUGGCUAAUAGACAGUGGUUACACAAACCACAUGAGUUAUGAUCGAGAACUCUUUACAGAACUUGACAAAAUUGUACUUUCUAAAGUCAGAGUAGGUAAUGGAGCAUAUAUUGUAGUGAAAGGAAAAGAAACAAUGGCAAUUGAAGGUUAA